GAUGGGAGGGCGGGGCUUGGUCGGUCCAGGCCUGGGGAUGCUCCGGGGAUACAGGAGAGCGUACUGCGGGAACCGGGUGUGCAGAGGCCGGGGGGUCAGCAUUGGGUACCGGGCACAGACCGCGGGAGGCGGUGAUCACAGCACGGGGAGGUCUGAUCGUGCUGGAAGGCUGUGCAUUGUAACCAGAGGUCAGCUUGUCUGCCUGGGAUUGUACUAACAGAGCCUCCUAUCCCAUAAUACCAGGACACAUCAAUAGGAGUCUCACAGGAACAGAGCACACAUAGGGGCCCUUUAUUGAUGCCAUCCACAGGGGCCCAUUAUUGAUGCCACCUACAGGGGCCCAAGUUUGAUGUCACCUACAGGGGCCCAUUAUUGAUGCCACCUACAGGGUCCCAUUAUUGAUGCCACCUACAGGGGCCCUUUAUUGAUGCCACAUACAGGGGCCCAUUUUUGAUGCCACUUAGGGGCCCAUUAUUGAUGCCACCUACAGGGGCCCAUUUUUGAUGCCACCUACAGGGUCCCAUUAUUGAUGCCACUUACAGGGGCCCAUUGUUGAUGCCACCUACAGAGUCCUAUUAUUGAUGCCACCUACAGGGGCCCAUUUUUGAUGCCACCUACAGGGGCCCAUUAUUGAUGCCACCUUCAGGGGCCCAUUAUUGAUGCCACCUUCAGGGGCCCAUUUUUGAUGCCACUUACAGGGGCCCAUUAUUGAUGUUAACUAUAGGGGGGCAUUAUCGGUUCACCCAUAGGGGACCAUUAUUCCUGCUCUAUAAAAGGAGAGGGGUGUGACAAGGGCAGGGAGGGAUCCUAGUCGUGUAAUGGUAGUACAUACCUACCCAGUGAUAAUCCAGGGGAUCACAACUAGGUGGUAGGACUUGUGAGAUCAGUGGUAGUAUAUGCUGACCGAUAUAGAAGAUUGGGGUGUCAGGGAGAUGUACCCAUGACAGAUCAGGAACCCCUCCACCCCCCCAUAUCAUUUGAUGGGUAAUUUCCACAUGACGCUCUGAGGGGUUCAUCGCCAAUCUCGUGAACCACAAGUCCCAGCUUGUAGUGACAACAUCUGCAGUGGUGUGUACAGACGAAGCUUUGUCGGCAGGCCAGAUGUUGGGGGCAGGAAGAAUGGAAGAGUUCCAUAGUGAGGAGGACGAGCCUUGGUAUGAUCACCAUGAUCUUGAGCAAGAUCUGCACCUGGCAGCGGAAUUGGGCAAAACUCUACUGGAACGCAACAAGGAACUGGAAGUCUCUUUGCAACAAAUGUAUUUGAACAAUGAGGAGCAAGUACAGGAAAUUGAGUAUCUGAGCAAACAACUCGAGAUGCUUCGUCAGGUGAAUGAACAGCAUGCCAAAGUUUAUGAGCAACUGGACAAUAUAGCGCGAGACUUGGAAGUGACCAACUUACGUUUAGUACAAGAAAGCAAGGUGGCUCAACAAAAGAUUGAACGUUUGACAGACACUGCAGAUGGUUUGCAGAAACAAGUAGAUGAUCUGCAGAGGCAAGUUGAGGAUCUGCGUGAUAUGGAAAAGGUACGCAUCAGGAGGGACAAGAGGGAGAGACGGCGCACUAUCCAUACUUUCCCCUGUCUACGUGAACUGACUUCUUGUAUUGGGUAUGAAGACUCAUUCAGCCUGCAUUCAUCAUGUCUGGAUCUGUCUCAGAAGCCUUUGCAGAGAGAAAAUGAGCAUUUGCAGAGAGCAGUAAAUGCUCUACGAGCCCAGGUGGUAGAGGAACGCCAGAGGAAGGAGAAGGCAGAGCGGGAGUACCAGGCAGUGCUGCAAGAGUAUACCGAUCUGGAACAAAGGGCCUUUGAGAUGGAAAACUGCAGAUUACGCAUUAAAGAGCUGGAGAAUGAACUGCAGGAAUUGCAGCAGAUGAAGCAGGUGAAGCGUUACCUCCUGGGCCGGGAUGAUAGCCUGUCCCAAACAUUACUGGAACCGCUUAACAAGACCCCAGAAACAGAUGAUCCCGAGCCUUUAGAUGGAGAGGUGAACCUGAGCAGCAAUCAGACUCCUACAAACUCCGCUGUCAGGAAAAGCUGCAGUGACACAGCGCUAAGUGACAUUGUGGGAAGGGACGCCGUUAGCCGACAUGAAGGUAAUUACACUCUUCAUGCCAACAGCACGAGACGCCGCGGUAUGUCUAUCCUAAGAGAAGUGGAUGAGCAGUACCAUGCCUUGCUGGAACGUUAUGAAGAACUGUUGGCUAAAUGUAGGCGACAUGAAGACAGCCUUUGCCACACUGGAGUGCAGACGUCUCGUCCCGUGUCACGGGACAACUCAAGCAGGGAUCUCCCAGCAGAGGAAGUAGAACCAGAAAGAGUUCUCACGCUACAGCUAGAAGCUGCCGACCGGAGGCUGGAACAGAGCCAACCGGAAUACAAGGCUCUGUUUAAAGAAAUCUUUAAUCGCAUCCAGAGAACCAAGCAAGAUAUCAGUGCUGGGAAAGGGCCAGGAGGAAAAUGAUUAAUACACGUGCCCAUGGAUA